AUGGAUGAAGUAAAAGCUAGCACCCAUUUUCUCCUCUUGGUUUCUUAUUCUCCUAUUCUCAUACUUUGGAGAGGCAUAACCUUACUGUGCCUAUUUGGAGAACAAGAAAUCCUUACACCUAAUUUUCCCUUCACUAUUGCAAGAAACCUAACUGCUGAAUUUGAACAAGAAGAUGAGAGUGAUGAACAAUCCGGUUAUGAGGGUAUUUAUGAGGAGGAUGAGGAUGAUGAAGAGGCUAUAAAUGUGGAGGAUAAGGGUUAUGAAGAGGCUAUAAAUGUGGAGGAUGAGGGUGAUGACAUUGUUGUUAAUGAGGCUAUAAAUGAGGAGGUUGAGGGUGAUGAAAAGGAUAUAAAUGAAGAGAGUGAAAAUGGCAAAAGGGCUGAAAAUGAGAAUGAAGACACUAAAGAAGAUGAGAAAGACCUUGAAUUUUAUGACAGUACUUAUGAGUAA